AUGGCCGCGUUCGUGGGCAAGUUUGUGGCCAAGAAGAUUCUUGGAGAGCGCCUCGAGAACAAGUUUGGCCAGGAGGACCCGUACUUUGAGAGCAUCCCUGCCACCAGACUCGACGGCAAGCCGUCCGGCAAGGUUAAGAGAGUCCGCAAGGCGCUCCCGCCGGGACUCUCCGACCAUGAUGCCAAGGUUCUGACCAAGGUCAAGAGACGGGCAUACCGCCUUGACUCGAGCUUUGGCUCCUGCAUGGGCAUCAAAUUCGGCUGGGGCAGCAUCAUUGGCAUCUUCCCUGUCUUCGGUGACGUAGUUGACGCCAUGCUAGCCCUUAUGGUCAUGCGCUCGGCCGACAAGAUCGAGGGCGGCCUGCCCUCGGGCCUCAAGAUCCAGAUGCUCUUCUGGAUCUUUGUCGACUUUGUCGUCGGCCUGGUCCCCUUUGUGGGCGACCUGCUCGACGCCGUCGUCCGCGCUAACACCAAGAACGCCAUCCUGCUCGAGUCCCACCUGCGCGAAAAGGGCGCCAAGAACCUCAAGUCGAGCGGCCUGCCGGUCCCCGAGGUCGACCCCAGCAGCGCCGACGCGUUUGACCGGUACGACGCCUCUGUCCGCGCGGGGCGCGCCGAUGACUAUACCUCGACCCAGCCUGGUCGGCAGCAGAACAUGACCAGCACGACACCGACUCCCCAGCCGCCCGUGGGCGCCAAGGUCCGCGAUGACCGUAGUGGUCGCAAGGGGAGCUGGUUCGGCGGCAGCGGCAGGACUCGGCCUACUGAUGUCGAGGAGGGUGUCGCGCCGUCGGCUUCCCGCAAGACCUCGACUCGUCGCCACUAG